GGGACCUCAUCAAUGAGUGUGGACGGUAUUAUUGAGGGUCGUUUCGCUUACCUCCCCAUGCGCGUGCAUAUUGCAUGAGCGAUUGAUUUUUUGGGGGUGGGUUACUCCCUUCUUGCGUCAUUGUGGCCAGUCAACACUUCAGGAAAUAUGGGUAGGCUUCAAGUUAUGUUCUGCGUCGUCAAAAGCAGGUAUUUUGCGGGAAAAAUUUCUCUGCUUAAAAUAUCGUCGGAGGGGUAAGGGUAUUUAAAUUUAGGACUCUCUGAUCUGGGGUAUUUUAGCAGGAGGUGGAACAACAACUUUCAUCGAUAAAUAGGAGCUUGAGGCUGCCAAUCGACAACCAAAAGCUUAAAAUUAAUGAAAGCGGCCCGCGCUUAACAGCCGCGAUGAAUGUUAGCCGCGACUUGAUACAUCGUUUCCAGACAAACCCAGACAACGACGCAAUUUGUAACUAUAGACCAUCAACAGCAAUGGUGUACAAGGAUUGCCGUAGUUGAUGAUUGUGUCAAUGUUAUUGCCAGGUAAGAGUGAAGAUUGCAAACUGGAAAGCAUAUAUAUUCGAUAAACAGCUGAGCAUGCACACAACGGCCCGGCUAAGCAACAUAACCAAUUUAGCAAUAUUCAUAGCUAUCUAAAAUCCAAACCCUUGACUUUUGAGCAACCCAUCGAUUUUUCCUUUUUAACCAUGGACUCAAGCUUGCUUUGAAAACAUGUUACAAAACGAAUAGUUAAAUCACGUGAUCUCAAGCCACGAUGGUCCCAAAUCCGUUGUGAGCGACAUCAGACAUCAACCAUGAACUCUUUAAAUAUCUUGCGGGAGAUUUGUAACGCAACAACAUCUCCGGGUCUCGAAUAUAUACCCCCCGCAGAAUCCUCCCUCGCUACAUAGGAUACGGUAGCAACCGCCUCUCCCACUCGCUGUGGCGGAGAUCUAGCGCGAUCCUGCCCUUUCGAUCUUUUUACGUCCUCUCUCCUGGGCUUUGAGGUCUCCACCGUCCCCUUCAUUCAGCUUCAGACGUUUACACCCCAUAUAUUCCACGGCGGGCCUCAACCACGAUCCUAGAAAUAAGAUGUCAUCUGCGACGGCAUCCGGUGCGGAUGCAAAGCCCAACGGCUCAGCGAAAUCCAGAGAGCAUAACCAGGGUAACCAAGACCGGAAAUUCACACCCGAACAGAAAGCGGCCGUACUACGUGUUCGGAAAUGUCCACCAACAGCGUUCUAUGAGAUUCUAGGUCUAGAGAAAACUGCGACUGAUGGAGAGAUUAAGAAGGCCUAUCGGAGACUCAGUUUACUAACACACCCCGACAAGAAUGGUUACGACGGAGCAGAUGAGGCGUUUAAGAUGGUAUCCCGAGCGUUUCAAAUACUAUCUGACUCGGAGAAAAAAUCAAAAUACGACAAGUUUGGCGGAGAUCCAGAUAACAGAUUUUCACCAGGAGCUUCCUCGUCAUCUUCACCGUUCAGCGGGUUCAGCGGGUUCCCGCAAGGGGGAGGUAGAGGGCCUAUGUUUGACGAGGAAAUAUCACCAGAGGAGCUAUUUAACAGAUUUUUUGGAGGCGGCGGUUUCGGGCCUUUCGGCGGAGGAAUGUUUAACAGCGGCCCGCAAUUUGUUUUUAAUAUGGGUGGAGGCCCCAACAUCCGAGUGCAUCAAUUUGGCGGCUCACGACCUCGACGAAGACCGCGUGAGGCGGAUAAUCAUUCUGGUGGCCAGGAUCCCCCUGCCAGCAUGGCAUCAUUUGCACAGUUUAUUCCAAUCCUUCUCAUAUUCCUCCUCCCACUCCUAACCUCUCUCUUCUCCGGUGCGACAUCGUCUGGACCUUCUCUCCGAUUCGACAGGGCUGUACCACCCCACACGAUGCACCGAACAACACCCAAACUCAAACUCGACUAUUUCGUAAAUCCCGCUGAGGUGGAAGAUUACAGUGCGCGCAAGUUCUACCAACUUGACCAGAAAGUUGAAGUGGAUUAUGUAUCAAACCUACGCUAUGACUGCGAAAGAGAAGUUCAAGCGCGCGACCAGAUGAUACAAGAUGCCCAAGGUUGGUUCUUCCCGGACGUUGAGAAACUCAAGGAGGCACGCUCGUUGGAGCUUCGGAGUUGCAAGAAGUUGAAUUCCCUAAAGCUUUGAAUGGGGAUUUGAUAAGCGAGCAUUUCCCCAUUCACGCUCGUUGUUGCACUGAUGAUAUGAAUAGACAAUAACAUUCUGUUUUAUUUUGUGUAUGAUCGGGGUUGGGCGUUCCGCGACUAGCAUCAUUACCCAGGGAUAUAUACUAAUUUUUGCUCUUCUCAUUUCUUGUCUCAUUUUUCUCUUACUUUUUUGCUAAUUCGUUUUGCCUUGUAUCUCAUGGCAUUAUUUGAUAAGCCUUUUGAAUUGCGUAAAUCAUUUGAACAUACUUCCUACUUGAUUUUCUAACAUUAUAGUAUUAUAUUGAGACUUUUUUUAUAUCUAAUUGCUACUCUGAUAAUCAAAGCCGUAUCGAUCAUCAAAAAAGCGAACGUAGGCGUCGGCGGAACCUUCUACUUUAGGCUAGACUACCGGAUAAACUUUACCCGCGGGGCAAUGAGAUAAUCGCAGCUUAGUCA